AUGACACGAGUGUCAACAGCCUCGGGGGCCACAGCAGUGCCAACUACCUCGGGUGCCACAGGAGUGCCAACAGCCUCGGGUGCCACAGAAGUGCCAACAGUCUCGGGUGCCACAGCAGUGCCAACAGAGCCUUUUGUGCCAAAGGAGUGCCAACAGCCUCGGGUGCCACAGGAGUGCCAACAGCCUCGGGUGCCACAUCAGUGCCAACAGAGCAUUUUUGUGCCACAGGAGUGCCAACGGCCUCGGGUGCCACAGGAGUGCCAACGGCCUCGGGUGCCACAGGAGUGCCAACAGCUUCGCGUGCCACAGGAGUGCCAACAGCCUCAGGUGCCACAGCAGUGCCAACAGAGCCUUUUGUGCCACAGGAGUGCCAACGGCCUCGGGUGCCACAGGAGUGCCAACAGCCUCGGGUGCCACAGGAGUGCCAACAGCCUCGGGUGCCACAGCAGUGCCAACAGCCUCGGGUGCCACAGCAGUGCCAACAGAGCCUUUUGUGCCACAGGAGUGCCAACGGCCUCGGGUGCCACAGGAGUGCCAACGGCCUCGGGUGCCACAGGAGUGCCAACAGCCUCGGGUGCCACAGGAGUGCCAACAGCCUCGGGUGCCACAGGAGUGCCAACACCCUCGGGUGCCACAGAAGUGCCAACAGCCUCGGGAGCCACAGGAGUGCCAAUUAACAGCUUCGGGUGCCACAGGAGUGCCAACAGCCUCGGGUGCCACAGGAGUGCCAACAGCCUCGGGUGCCACAGGAGUGCCAACAGCUUCGCGUGCCACAGGAGUGCCAACAGCCUCAGGUGCCACAGCAGUGCCAACAGAGCCUUUUGUGCCACAGGAGUGCCAACGGCCUCGGGUGCCACAGGAGUGCCAACAGCCUCGGGUGCCACAGGAGUGCCAACAGCCUCGGGUGCCACAGCAGUGCCAACAGCCUCGGGUGCCACAGCAGUGCCAACAGAGCCUUUUGUGCCACAGGAGUGCCAACGGCCUCGGGUGCCACAGGAGUGCCAACGGCCUCGGGUGCCACAGGAGCGCCAACAGCCUCGGGUGCCACAGGAGUGCCAACAGCCUCGGGUGCCACAGGAGUGCCAACACCCUCGGGUGCCACAGAAGUGCCAACAGCCUCGGGAGCCACAGGAGUGCCAACAGCUUCGGGUGCCACAGGAGUGCCAACAGCCUCGGGUGCCACAGGAGUGCCAACAGCCUCGGGUGCCACAGGAGUGCCAACAGCUUCGCGUGCCACAGGAGUGCCAACAGCCUCAGGUGCCACAGCAGUGCCAACAGAGCCUUUUGUGCCACAGGAGUGCCAACGGCCUCGGGUGCCACAGGAGUGCCAACAGCCUCGGGUGCCACAGGAGUGCCAACAGCCUCGGGUGCCACAGCAGUGCCAACAGCCUCGGGUGCCACAGCAGUGCCAACAGAGCCUUUGGUGCCACAGGAGUGCCAACGGCCUCGGGUGCCACAGGAGUGCCAACGGCCUCGGGAGUGCCAACAGCCUCGGGUGCCACAGGAGUGCCAACACCCUCGGGUGCCACAGAAGUGCCAACAGCCUCGGGAGCCACAGGAGUGCCAACAGCUUCGGGUGCCACAGGAGUGCCAACAGCCUCGGGUGCCACAGGAGUGCCAACAGCCUCGGGUGCCACAGGAGUGCCAACAGCCUCGGGUGCCACAGGAGUGCCAACAGCCUCGGGUGCCACAGGAGUGCCAACAGCCUCGGGAGCCACAGGAGUGCCAACAGCCUCGGGUGCCACAGGAGUGCCAACAGCCUCGGGUGCCACAGGAGUGCCAGCAGCCUCGGGUGCCACAGGAGUGCCAACGGCCUCGGGUGCCACAGGAGUGCCAAUGGCCUCGGGUGCCACAGCAGUGCCAACAGAGCCUUUUGUGCCACAGGAGUGCCAACGGCCUCGGGUGCCACAGGAGUGCCAACGGCCUCGGGUGCCACAGGAGUGCCAACAGCCUCUGGUGCCACAGGAGUGCCAACAGCCUCGGGUGCCACAGCAGUGCCAACAGAGCCUUUUGUGCCACAGGAGUGCCAACGGCCUCGGGUGCCACAGGAGUGCCAACAGCCUCGGGUGCCACAGGAGUGCCAACAGCCUCGGGUGCCACAGCAGUGCCAACCGAGCCUUUUGUGCCACAGGAGUGCCAACGGCCUCGGGUGCCACAGGAGUGCCAACGGCCUCGGGUACCACAAGAGUGCCAACAGGUUCGGGUGCCACAGGAGUGCAAACAGCUUCGGGUGCCACAGCAGUGCCAACAGAGCCUUUUGUGCCACAGGAGUGCCAACGGCCUCGGGUGCCACAGGAGUGCCAACAGCCUCGGGUGCCACAGGAGUGCCAACAGCCUCGGGUGCCACAGCAGUGCCAACAGAGCCUUUUGUGCCACAGGAGUGCCAACGGCCUCGGGUGCCACAGGAGUGCCAACGGCCUCGGGUGCCACAGGAGUGCCAACAGCCUCGGGUGCCACAGGAGUGCCAACAGCCUCGGGUGCCACAGGAGUGCCAACAGCCUCGGGUGCCACAGGAGUGCCAACAGAGCCUUUUGUGCCACAGGAGUGCCAACAGCCUCGGGAGCCACAGGAGUGCCAACAGCCUCGGGUGCCACAGGAGUGCCAACAGCCUCGGGUGCCAUAAGCCUCGGGUGCCACAGGACUGCCAACAGAGCCUUUGGUGCCAACAGAGCCUCGGGAGCCACAGGAGUGCCAACAGCCUCGGGAGCCACAGGAGUGCCAACAGUCUCGGGUGCCACAGGAGUGCCACAAACCUCGGGUGCCACAUGGCAACGUGUUGGGCGUGACGGGUACAUCAGCG